GGAACCGGUGAAGAAAGACCCGGUGUUGGUUAUUUCACCUGCCUGUGCUGUUUCUGAUCAUAUUUUCAUCAUAUUUCAAUGCUUCUUUGUGAUUAUGACGGGCUUUUUAUUUCGUUGUGUUCUUCUCUGGGCGAUGUUGCAGCGGGGGAGCAUGCAAAUUGCCGUACCUGCCACAGUGUUAAACUGCUGUGAAGGGGAUAUUCUCCUUCUGCUGGACUCUUCAGGAAGUGUGUCAAACUACGAGUUCUCACGCCUGUUGCUCUUCGCCUCCGAGCUGCUUCGCCCCUUCUCACUAGGCCGUGGGCAUGUAAGAGUCGGGCUGCUGCAGGUGGGCACCAACCCAAACCUGGAAUUCGGCCUGGACGUCCAAAACAAUCAGGGAAGUCUGCAGAAAGCUCUACGGAGUGUCAGCCAGCUGCAGGGAGACACCAACACCGAGGCAGCGCUCAGGGUGGCCCAGGGGCUUCUGACAGAGACAGAGGAGAACGUGCCAAAGAUAGUGCUGUGGCUGACUGAUGGCGUGCAGCCUGGAGAUGUGGACAAGCCGAUGUCUGAGCUGAAGGAGCAGGGAGUUUCUGUCUUAGCUGUGUCUACAGUACAUGGAAACUAUCAGGUGUUAAAACGUGCAGUGACACCCCCUCUGGAGUCACACCUCUACUCUGUGGACAUAGAUAACAUCGAGAUCAUCACAGAGGACCUGAGGGAGGCCAUCAUCAAAAUCAUUCGUGCAGAACGGCUGCGCGUGGUUGACUUGACCUCCCACAGUGCUGUGCUGCAGUGGCGUCCUGUUAUGAGCGCAGACAGCGGUGGUUACUAUGAACUCCGGUAUAACCCUGUGUGGAAAACGGACCCUGAGACCCCACUAAUUCUACCAGGUAGCUUCAGCUGGGCAGAGCUGACCAGCCUGCAGCCUGAUACCACCUACACGGUUUCCCUCCGCCCCGAGUCCAACCAGAGGCUGUUUAACACACUCUAUGUUCAAUUCACCACACUUCCUGAUGUUUUAAGCCCGGCAGUGGUCUCCGUGUCAGACUCUGGCCCUGGUCAGAUCCGUGUGAGCUGGGGUCCACUGCAGCCUGCUCAAGUCCAGAGAUAUACGGUGGAGUACGGAGCUAUUCCAAGCGGACGCGUUCACACUGUUAUGUUACACAGCCAGAAGAGCUCUGCCGUACUGACCGGCCUGGAUCCGGGCACUCAGUACCUGGUCACAGUCAGCGCUCUGCAUGUGAAUGGAAAAGAAAGGGCCAUGUCUGUGAGGGCAUGCACUAAAGAGGCUCCGCCUGCCCUGGUUGACCUUCAGCUAACCCAAGCAGACCGUCAGGAGGUGCAGGUAGCGUGGCAGGCCCGUCCAGAAGGCUUGAAAGGCUACUGGCUGAGCUGGGAGAGAGAAAAUUCCCACAGCUCCUCCUCAAAGCCCUCCAUCUCCUCCGUCUACCUGCCUCCUACCUCUCGUUCAACGCAGCUCACACACCUCGCACCGCACAGUCGAGUCUGUGUGUCCCCGGUCUACAGCUCUGGCCGAGGGGACGGGAUAUGCUGCACUGCAGAAAGGCACACAGAUUCCAGCCAGUGGGGUUAACAAGCAGAGUCUGCAGCAAUCAGGCAGCUGGAGCAAAAGAAAAUGGGUGAAAUCGAGCAGUGCUGGAUGAACUCGAUGCAGGACUGAACAUUAUAGUCAAAAUGCAAUUAAUUAUAGUGACAGAAAAGGCUUCAUCACAUAACCCUCGCUGAAAAAGAGAUGAUGUGAUCUGAGCAUCAAUUCAGAAGACUGGAACUACAGUGGGAUAUAACCCACAAACCUUUUUUACUUCAUGUUUUAAAUGUUUCAUAUGAAUGUUGGUUAAAGGAGCUAGUCUAAUAGUAGCCUAAAGCUGUAGAAGCUUUGAAAGCCAAGUUAGAGGACUACUACUUUGCCUGUUAAUGUUUUUUCUCGGAUUAGCAAAGCGCCUGCUCUGACUGAUACUGAUUCAUCCUUUGAAACUCACAAAAGUGUUAAUAUCUGAAAAUUAGCCAAAUGUAUAACAUAGCAAACUUAUUUUACAGACAGCAGCAUCAGUGCAAAGUUGUUUCCCAUAAUAAAGUUUUGGGGCUGCAGGCAACAAACCAUAGUGAAAGCUAAUUGGCCAACAAAAUACAUCCCUAUAUCAUAGUGAUGCAUGCUGCCAGAUAUCUGUAAAUAGAAAAUGUAUGCUUGCUAUGUAGCAUUUGUGGCCUCUCUCUUGAUUAUAUCAAACAUUUUGAAUGUUUUGAUUUUCAAGCCAACUAGGAAUAAGUCAUAAAAAAGGUUGGGUCAUCAGUGUUUCUCUUGGUUUCACUCAGUGAUGGACAUCGAGCUGUCGAAUCAGUUGCCACAUGGGCAACUGGUAAAAUCACAGACAGGUGUACUUGUGCAAUACUGUCAGUGAGCACCAGCAGAGAUAAUGUGUAGCUUGUUAAGCAUGAAGAUAAUUGUUGUAUUUUGUGUUAUCGGCUCUUCAGAUCAGAGUAAAUUCAGCAUCAGCAUCCUGUUUCUUUACAAAGCUCAUAAGUAUUUUGUAGUGAAUAUGUACUGUGCAUAUAAAUAUAUUUUUGGAUUAUGUUUUGUAUUUACGCCACUGAAUGUAUGGUCAGGUUUGUCUGGUAAAAUGUUUCUCUGGGCAAAUAAAAUGACAAGAAAGAAGAUUUCUUUUAAAGAUAUUUGUAUUUUUGUGUCCAUAAGCAUUUCAUUUUAUAU